CAUUCUGCCCAGAGAGGCGAAGCUGGUCCAGCAUCUCCAGACAGGGGAGAGGAAAAGGGACAGAAAAUGAAAUGAAAUUAUCUAUUUCCCUUUAUUCUCAAUGUGUUUCCAAUUGCAAUGAAGGACAGAGCUUGUCACUCUGAGGAUUUUAUUACCGCUUGCCGAUGAGUCAUUGCUGUUUCUCAUUGAGAAAUGCCGUUUGUGGUUCUCUAAAUGGUCUUAACGCAGAUAAAAAAUAUAUAAACGAUGAAGAAGCAAUUUAAUCGAAUGCGACAGCUCGCCAACCAAACAGUGGGCAGGGCAGAAAAAACAGAAGUAUUAAGUGAAGACCUAUUACAGGUGGAGAAACGUCUGGAGCUGGUAAAACAAGUGACUCACAGCACCCACAAGAAACUAACAGCAUGUCUGCAGGGCCAGCAGGGUGCGGACGUAGACAAGAGAUCAGUGCGCUCUCCCUCGAAAAAGCUCCCUCUGAUGACCCUGGCGCAGUGCUUAGUGGAGGGAGCUGCUGUCCUCGGGGACGAAUCUCUUCUGGGGAAAAUGCUAAAUAUGUGCGGAGAGACAGAAGACAGACUGGCCCAGGAACUCAUUCUGUUUGAACUGCAGAUAGAAAGAGAUGUGAUAGAACCACUAUUCAUAUUAGCAGAGGUGGAUAUUCCCAACAUCCAGAAACAGAGAAAACAUUUAGCUAAACUAGUUCUGGAUAUGGACUCUGCAAGGACACGGUGGCAGCAGUCUUCAAAGUCCUCGGGCAUGGCCAGUAACCUGCAGCCGUCGGGUGCCAAAGCUGAUGCCCUCAGGGAAGAAAUGGAGGAGGCAGCAAACCGGGUGGACAUUUGCAGGGAUCAGCUGUCAGCUGACAUGUACAAUUUUGUGGCCAAAGAAAUAGACUAUGCAAGCUACUUUCAGACAUUGAUAGAAGUACAGGCGGAUUACCACAGGAAGUCACUGGCACUUUUACAGGGCAUUUUGCCUCAGAUUAAAGCACAUCAGGAAGCCUGGAUCGAGAAGCCGUCCUAUGGUAAAGCACUGGAGGAGCACCUUGCAAUCAGUGGCAGGGAGAUCGCAUUCCCCAUUGAGGCCUGUGUGACCAUGCUGCUGGAGUGUGGCAUGCAGGAGGAGGGGCUGUUCAGGGUGGCUCCCUCUGCCUCCAAGCUGAAGAAGCUGAAAGCCUCCCUGGACUGUGGGGUGCUUGAUGUGCAGGAGUACUCUGCAGAUCCACACGCCAUCGCAGGAGCUCUGAAAUCCUACCUGCGUGAGCUGCCUGAACCGCUGAUGACCUUUGAACUCUAUGACGAGUGGAUUCAAGCUUCCAACAUUCAGGAUCAAGAUAAAAGAUUACAGGCCCUGCUGAAUGCUUGCGAGCAGCUUCCCAAGGCAAAUGCCAACAAUCUCAGAUACUUAAUCAAAUUUUUGGCCAAGUUAACGGAAUACCAGGAUUCCAAUAAGAUGACGCCAGGGAAUAUUGCAAUAGUGCUGGGUCCCAACCUGCUCUGGACCAACACUGAGGGGAACAUCACGGAGAUGAUGACCACCGUCUCCCUUCAGAUUGUCGGCAUCAUCGAGCCCAUCAUCCAGCAUGCUGAUUGGUUCUUCCCUGGAGAGAUCGAAUUCAACGUAACUGGAAACUAUGGCAGCCCUCUUCACACGAACCACAACGCCAACUACAGCUCCAUGCCCUCCCCGGAUCUGGACCACUCGGACCGCAAGCUGCACGACCAGACCCGACGACCCCUCAGCGUUGCCACGGACAACAUGAUGCUGGAGUUCUACAAGAAGGAUGGCAUCAGGAAAAUCCAAAGCAUGGGAGUCAGGGUGAUGGACACAUCUUGGGUGUCACGCAGGGGCUCUUCCUUAGUGCGCAAGACGGCAUCCACACCUCUGAGCGUCCAGCCCCCCGCUCCUCCUGCAGAGCUCGGCUCUGUGUCUCAGUGUCUCCUCCCUGAGCAGCCCUACGACCUGUCUGCUUCUCCCUCCCCCACUCCUCCUCCUAGCAGUGGUGGCUCUGACCGGGCCAGCACAGACGAUGUGUCUUCCAAUUGGUCGGAUUCCUGUUACGCCUAUCCUUCCCCAGAGGAUGACAGGCCCCCACCACCUUACCCCACCUCCUACCCCCCUCCCCGCCAUUACUACCCCAAAGCACAGCCAUCCUCUCGGCCGGCUGCUCCCACCCCCCUCGACCCUGUAACCCUGGGCUCUUCGCCGCACCGGUGGACGGGCUACAGCCCCCCCCUGCCUCCCCCCUCCCCUUCUCCUCAGCAGCUUGACAUCAAUUCUAACCCAAAGCCCAGCUUCCUCCACCUCCCUAAGCAAAACUCCCUCACUGACGCACCGCAUGCUGCUCCUGAAACUAACGUGUCACCCCUUUACAUCAAAACACCCCUCGUGCUCACCAAACAAGACCCCCUCUUUGGCACCCCCCCUAACCUCCCUAUGUCAGCCUCACCCCAAUGGGUCAGCUGUACCUGUACCAGAGAAAGAGGGACCAAGCUGACUAGCACCCUGAAGAGCAAAGAGCUAUCUCCUGUGAUGGGGCAGAAGGGCAGCUGCCCUGUUUUAGGCUCCAUGACAUCGACAGGCAGUGGCCAGCAGGGAUCUGGAACAGGGCAGCAACUCACCAGUGACCAGAGCCCCCACUCCCUCAGAAAAGGGACCUUGUCCAAGAAGCUGACCCCCAUCCCCCCCAAGGUGCCGUUUGGGCAGUCGGGGGCUGUGUCCGACCAGUCGACAGGUCAGCCAUCCCCCGUCAGCCUCUCCCCCACCCCUCCCAGCACCCCUUCCCCGUACGGACUCAGUUACCCCCAGGGGUACACCACCAUAACCUCCCCAGGUCAGGUGUCACAGGCGGCCCCCCAGUCCCUGUCGUCUCCCUCCUCCCUCACCGGCACACUCACCAAGUCGCGGCCCACCCCAAAGCCCCGGCAGAGGCCCAGCCUGCCCCCUCCCCAGCCGCCCACCGCCCCCGGGCUCUCCAGCUCCAGCCCGCAGUCUCUGGACCACGCCAUGCUGGACGGCAUGUCUCCAGGGGAGAGCAUGUCCACAGAUCCCCUCAGUCUAGAAAUCCCCAUCAUACACAUAGAAUUUGAUGGCCUGCAUUGCGAGCCUCCGGAUCCAGCGAGCAGGAACUCUGUGGGGGACUUCAUGGCAAAAACAGAGUCGGAGGAGUCGGAGGAGUCGGAAAGCACUGCCCUUUGACACAGGGACCCCGUUACUGUACAUACAAUAUAUACAAACUACUACUGAGAGCACCCGAGCUGCUUCUACUGUCUGCAAAAACAACAUGGGAAUAUAUAGAUAUAUAUAUAUAUAUAUAUAUAGAUAGAUAGAUGGAUGUAUAUAUAGAGUGAGACAGAGAGAUAGAUGGAUAUAUAUAUAAUUAUAUAAAUGAAAAAUAAAUGACAUGGGGAAUUUGAAAUGAUGGGAAAAGACACUUCCAAUAUGGAACUGAAUACCAUGUUACAUUUUGAUUGUGGCAUGUUUUAAUUACUUUAUUAUUUUUUUUUUUUUUUUCAUUGCAACUUUGCCUUUAUAUUUGUUACUAACUUGUUCAGUGGAUUUUGUAAUGUACUCUGCUACGGUGCCUCAUGGGAGGGCAUAUAGAUUAAUGAAUCAUCUGUAGAAAGUAUGUCAAAGAGAGUCGUGGCAUAUCCCGGUGCACACUGGAAACCCCAAAGAAGUUGCAGGAUUUCUUUUUUCUUUUGUAUAUGUUGUUGUAAAUGUAUACAAAGUGUUCAGGCCAACUAUACAGCCUGUUUGCUUAAAAAAAACACCUUGUGAUAACUGGUUUUUGAAACACAAGGCAUUUGUUUUAAAAUAAGCAUCACUGAUGUGGUCUAAUUUAUUUAAAAAAGCUCUUUGAACAAGUAUUCCUGUCUCCAAAGAGCUCCAGUUUGAAAAUAUUUUGGUAGAGUUUCAGUUUUCUUAUCUCUUCAAAACCAGCCAUUAUUCCAUUUACUAUAUUCCAAAGGGACUGUCUUCAGUCCUGUUUCCUGAAAUGCCUCCUAGUGGCACAUGCAGAGUCAGUAUACAGCACCUUGCUUUCUCCUGCUUUCACGACUCAUUCAAAGGAUGCUACCUCUUAACUGAUCACUGCUGGGAAGCUAAAAGAUGGCGUGGCUCCAUGUUGACGGAACCUGUGAGAAACGCCCCCUGGUGGAUGAUAAGUAGAAUGAUUCAGCGAUGAGUGUUAGUUUGUGGGUGUCUUUCUUUAAAUCACAUCUUGUGAAAAAGGAGAUUCUGCACUUCUCUGUCUGUGUGUACAGUCGGCCGCUCUAGCCUGUAGAUGUUGCCAGUUCUAUGGUCCUUAGCUGGUGUUGAUGCUGUAUGGUUUUUGUACCACUGGUUUUAAAUGGUUCCUUUUUAGUGUGGAUGUUGUCAAGGUUACGAUUCAGAACUGUAUGUACGGUGUUGUUUUUCUGGGGGCCAAUUUAAAGGUAUAAAAGAAAAGAAAAAUACAUAAAUCGAUGUCCGUAUAGAAAUUCUUGGAAAACGUGGUGAGGUGCUAGUAUAUCUAGAAUAUUUUAGGUUGUUAUAUAUUUAUACUUUUUAAUGUCAAAAGGUGCAUAUCUUUUGUUCCUCAUAAGCAUAGAAAAGGGUCAUAUUUGCAUCUUGUCCUUACUGGUGGGGGAUAUUCUGUUGAGCCACCUGCUUCAGCAUCAACACAAUUGUACAAAAUGUACAGAGCUGUACUGCUUUCCAGGGAGGAGCACUUUAUCUCAUGACCGGGCUUUUCCUCAAAGUGAUACAUAUACUUGUAUUCCUGUUUGUUACAGAUAUUUUCAUAAAGAAAGUCAGUGGUCUAUAUGCACUGCCUGGAGGUUAUAAUGCUGCUCUUAAAUCCAAGGUCAGAUACCCAAUGUACCUGCUACCGUAAAAGUUUGUUUGUUCCUUUCACGGUUUGUUUGUUCCUUUCACGGUAUUUGCCAGUUUCACAGUUUCAUUAAGAGGUACAGUAAAGCUACUUUAGCUUUUGCACAGAUUUUAGUAACUGCAUCUUCGAGUUCUGUAUGAUUAUAUGAAUGAAGAAAGCGCACCAAUACAUACAAGCCAGACAUAUUUUGUAGGAGUUUCUUUUAGAAAUGCAAACACCUCAGACGUGCUUGUGUAGAUUGAUUGAUAAAUACCAAGGCAUUGUUGAUGAGACAGCACCCCUUAUUUCAGUGUCCUGUAGAAAAGAAGAAAAAAAAAGACAGAUGCCCUUUGUUUCUUUGCCUAUGACAAAUCACUGUUGCACACAGGUCUGCUAUUUAUUUUUAUUUUUUUAAUAUAUCAUAUUCAAAUACAUGGGGUUGUGUUUCUUUCCAGUGGCUCAAGGCUGCAUCAUUUGCAAAACAAAUAAAUAAAUGAAAUUGUAACAAUG